AUGACUUCGGAGCCGCAGCUUUCUGGACGAAGAAUCCAAGUUAUUGGAGUCACCGGAGCGGGAAAGAGUACUUUCGCACGGCGACUAGGCAAGCAGCUUUCGAUACCAGUAUUAGAACUGGACUCUCUUUUCCACCAGUCCAGAGCCGGUGGCGCCCUGUCGGAAGACGACGCCCGACGUACCGUGCAGGCUCUCGUCGAGUCAAACGACGAGUGGAUUCUCGACGGCAAUCAUUGGGUUCAGUUGAAGGACGUAUCCUACAGUAUAGCGACAGACAUCUUAUGGAUUGAUACGCCACUGCCAUUGACUCUAUGGCGUGUAAUUACGCGCACCAUCUGGGAAGUGCUGACCAUCCCCGGUGUUCUGCGAAGGGAGCUCUCGGGCAAUAGCUUGAUCGCAAUGUCCCUCAGAGUCCGAGCGAAGAAACACGCGAACUGGAGCAAGCGCGUCGGGGCGGAUCCCAGGUGGAAACGCCUAAGCGGCUGGUAUGGUCGUGAAAGCUUCCUGGCAAGAGUGAGAGAUUCGCUUAGAACACUCUAG